CGUCUUCUCAGUAAGGGUAGCUACAAUCAUUGAGAUGCAGUCAGUGGAUUUUUUCUUGAGCCAGGAUGGGCUCGAACAUGGAAGUAUGGGGAAAGACCCAUGCUACGAUGACAAUGAGUGAAGUCUGAAGCCGCAUUUCAUCUUACGGUUCAAGCAACCUUGAUCGUCCCCGCACUUUUUCGGUAUGGAAUGCUGAUGGCAGAUUGGCUGCCAACGCUGCAAUGCCAAAAGAGACUUUGAGGCGCCGAGAGCAGAAAGCUGCUGCUUUUGCUGUACGUUCAGGGACAGCAGAGCGGCGACCGCUCGAAGCUCACGAAGCUCAAAGCUUUUUCCGUGUGACUCGGUGCUUUUUAGCCUUUGCAAGACUACGGUGUGUGUAUGAAUCAUCAAGAGGAGUUUAUCGAGUUAGUCACCGACAUUUGCUCUAUUGCAUUGAAGUCAAGGCCAUCGAUGCCCGUGAUGCUGCAGGAUUUGGGAUCCGGAAGCUCUCCCUCCUCGAUGUGGACAGUCUUCAUGAGGCUCCAGAAUGUAUCACAUGGGAGCACCGAAUCUCGCUGCUAUACUAUGCAGCAUGGAGAAAACGAGAUCACUUCGUCAGUGCAUUGCUCCAUGCCCGAGCUAACCCAUCUGUCCGGGAAGAGGGCCUUCAAAAUCAUCCCAGCCCCGCCAGAUCCGAGAUGGCCAUGCACAUUGUAGACGGACUUCGAACAGAAUCCGCAGUGUGGCUGUGUCAUGCGUUGGUUCAUUUGCGCUUCCGCGGAAAGCGCUCUGGGGAGACAGGUUGCUGUGAGGAGUGUAAAACCUCGAACAGUGAGCGGGCGGUGAAGGGCUUUGGCGCUUUGCUUGCUUGGCCCUGUGGUCAUCGUUGCCCAGAACUGAGCGCUUCAUAACUAUUUAUAUUGUUGUUACUUUAUUGUUUUCUGUUUUUGGCGGGGUAGGCCGCUAUAGGUAGCUAGUAGCUUAAGUAAGCUACUAGCUAAGACCCAGAAAAGCUCACGCUUCUUCAAGGAUGCUCCCCCGCCUGAGAGAGAUGGGGGAGCUUCCUUUUCUCUCAAGCCGGCGCAACGGGG